UGAUGUCAACAUUCUUCCAGUUUGGGGCUUCUAUCCAGCAGGAAGCCAUCGUCAUGCUUAAAAUCAUGCAGGAUUAUGACUGGCAUGUGUUUUCUCUGGUAACCACCACCUUCCCUGGAUAUCGAGACUUCAUCAAUGUCAUUAAGACCACAGUGGAAAAUAGUUUUGUGGGCUGGGACAUGCAGAACAUAAUCAUACUUGAUACUGCCUUUGGAGAUGCCAAGACACAAAUUCAGCUGAAGAAAAUUCAUUCAUCUGUCAUCCUGCUGUAUUGUUCCAAGGAUGAAGCUGUCUACAUACUAGAUGAGGCUCGUUCACUGGGCCUUACUGGGUAUGAUUUCUUUUGGAUAGUUCCAAGCCUGGUUAGUGGUAACACAGAAAUUACUCCCAAGGAGUUUCCUUCAGGACUCAUUUCAGCAUCUUAUGAUGAAUGGGACUACAGUUUAGAAGCUCGGGUGCGGGAUGGCCUUGGGAUUAUUGCCACUGCUGCAUCAGCCAUGCUGGAAAAGUACUCCUUCAUUCCUGAAGCAAAAACUAGCUGCUAUGGUCAACUGGAGAAAAAUGACCGGCCAUCUCACACUUUGCACCAGUUUAUGAUGAAUGUGACGUGGGAAGGUAAAGAUUUGUCCUUCACCGCCGAUGGUUAUCAGGCACACCCCAGGCUGGUGGUGAUCGUACUGAACAAAGACCGUGUGUGGGAGAAGGUGGGGAAAUGGGAGAACAACUCACUGAGCCUGAAGUACUCUGUCUGGCCGAGGUACAGUUCCUUUGCGGACAGUGACCCAGAUGAUAACCAUCUGAGUAUUGUCACCCUGGAGGAGGCUCCCUUUGUCAUCGUUGAAGAUGUGGAUCCUUUGAUGGAAAGCUGCCAAAAAAACACUGUGCCAUGUCGUAAAUUCGUCAGAAUUAACAACUCAACUAAUGAGGGAAUUAAUGUAAAGAAGUGCUGCAAAGGAUUCUGCAUUGAUAUCUUGAAGAAGUUGUCUAAAACUGUCAAGUUCACAUAUGACCUGUAUUUGGUGACUAAUGGGAAGCAUGGCAAAAAAGUCAAUAAUGUGUGGAAUGGAAUGAUUGGUGAAGUGGUAUAUCAUCGUGCAGUUAUGGCUGUGGGGUCUCUCACUAUUAAUGAAGAGCGCUCUGAAGUGGUUGACUUUUCAGUGCCAUUUGUUGAGACUGGGAUUAGUGUCAUGGUGUCACGGAGCAAUGGCACAGUUUCACCAUCUGCUUUUCUAGAACCUUUUAGUGCUUCUGUCUGGGUGAUGAUGUUUGUGAUGCUUCUCAUUGUGUCCGCCAUGGCUGUCUUUAUAUUUGAGUACUUUAGUCCUGUAGGAUACAACAGGAACUUAGCACAAGGGAGAGAUCCCCAUGGACCAUCCUUCACCAUCGGAAAGGCAGUAUGGUUGCUCUGGGGCUUGGUAUUCAACAACUCUGUGCCUGUGCAAAACCCCAAAGGGACAACCAGUAAAAUCAUGGUGUCAGUUUGGGCCUUCUUUGCUGUCAUUUUCCUGGCUAGUUAUACUGCCAACUUAGCUGCAUUUAUGAUUCAAGAGGAGUUUGUUGACCAAGUGACUGGACUGAGUGAUAAAAAGUUUCAAAGGCCACAUGAUUAUUCACCUCCUUUUCGAUUUGGAACAGUCCCAAAUGGCAGCACAGAGAGGAAUAUCAGAAACAACUAUCCUGAUAUGCACCUCUACAUGACAAAAUAUAAUCAAAAAGGAGUUGAAGAUGCCUUGGUCAGCUUGAAAACUGGGAAGUUGGAUGCUUUCAUCUAUGAUGCAGCGGUGCUGAAUUACAAGGCUGGAAGAGAUGAAGGCUGCAAACUUGUCACAAUAGGCAGUGGAUACAUCUUUGCCACUACAGGCUAUGGAAUAGCACUUCAGAAAGGAUCACCUUGGAAGAGACAAAUUGAUCUAGCCCUUCUUCAAUUUGUUGGAGAUGGGGAAAUGGAAGAGUUAGAAACCCUGUGGCUGACUGGUAUUUGCCACAAUGAGAAGAACGAAGUCAUGAGCAGCCAGCUGGAUAUUGACAACAUGGCAGGAGUGUUUUACAUGCUUGCAGCAGCCAUGGCGCUCAGUUUGAUAACCUUUGUCUGGGAGCACUUAUUUUACUGGAAGCUUAGAUUCUGCUUCACUGGAAUCUGCUCAGAUAGACCAGGAUUAUUGUUCUCAAUCAGCAGGGGUAUUUACAGCUGCAUUCAUGGAGUACACAUUGAAGAAAAAAAGAAGUCUCCUGACUUUACUUUGACCAAUUCCCAAACCAACAUGUUAAAACUACUACGAACAGCAAAAAAUAUGACCAAUAUAAAUCCUUCAAGAAUUAACUCCCCCAAAAGAACAGCUGAUUUUAUUCAGAGGGGUUCCUUGAUUAUGGACAUGGUCAUGGAUAAGGGAAACUUGAUCUUCUCUGAUAACAGAUCCUUUCAGACAAAGGACAACUUUUUUGGUGAAAAUAUGAGUGAACUGCAAACACUUCCUGGCAAUCGACACAAGGACAAUCUUAACAACUAUGUUUUCCAAGGUCAGCAUCCUCUCACACUGAAUGAGUCCAACCCAAAUACAGUAGAGGUUGCAGUAACCACAGAAGCAAAAGUGAACUCCAGACCCAGGCAGCUUUGGAGGAAAUCUGUUGAGUCUUUACGUCAAGAAUCUGUACGUCAGAGUCAAGGUUCCCAGAGGGAAAACGGGUCAGAUGAAAACAGGCAGCUUUCAGUGAAAAGCCAAAGAUAUCUUCCUGAAGAGAUUGUCCAUUCAGAUGUAUCAGAGACAUCAAGCCGAGCUACUUGCCAUAUGGAACCUGAAAACAACAAUAAGCACCACAAAACCAAGGACAAUUUUAAAAAAAGGACAGUAGCAUCAAAAUACCCAAAAGACUGUAGUGAAGUGGAACUGACAUAUCUGAAAACCAAACAGAGCUCUCCACGGGAUAAAAUCUACACAAUUGAUGCUGAUAAGGAGCCAGGAUUCCGCUUGGACACACCCCAGUUCAUCGAAAACAUUGUCCUUCCAGAAACUAUAGAGUAUCCUGAUGUUUAUCAAGAUCACAAUGACAACUACAGGAAAGCAGAACAUGCUAACAGGACUCCCUUGCAUAAUGAAGACAGUCUUCCAAAUAAUGAUCAGUAUAAACUUUAUGCAAAGCACUACAGUUUGAAAGAUAAAAAUGCUUCCCUAGUUGACAUGAAUGAUAGAUACAGACAGAAUUCUACCCACUGUAGGAGCUGUCUUUCCAAUUUGCCCACUUAUGCGGGACAUUAUUCAGGCAGAUCUCCCUACAAAUGUGAUGCAUGCUUGCGUAUGGGGAACCUCUAUGAUAUUGAGGAAGAUCAGAUGCUGCAGGAUACAACGAACUUAUCACUUCCUGAAGAAAUAUAUGACCAUAGUUGGUCACAGAAUAAUGCUCUGCAAUAUCAUAAAAAAAACAAGCUGAGGAUUAGCAGGCAACAUUCUUUCGAUAACAUUGCUGAUAAGUCCAGGGAAAUUGAUCUGGGAAGACCUUCUCGUAGUAUAAGCUUGAAAGAUAAAGAGAAGUUUCUCCAAAGUAGUCCAUAUGCAAGCAUGUUUAGUGUUCCGUCAAGCAAACUGUUGAGCAACAAAGCCUCACUUUUAACUCAUGCUCUAGAGGACAGUAAGAGGAGCAAGUCCCUGUAUCCCGUUCACUCAGAAGAUAAUCCCUUUCUGCACUCGUAUCGUGAUGACCAGCACUUAUCUCUUAGGCGAAAUCCAGCUGAUCUUUAUAAAUAUUCGUUACCAUCCAGAGGAAGAAAUGAUAAUUAUUUCAGGUCAUCCAUUAAGUCUACAGCAUCAUACUGUUCCAGGGAUGGUCGGAUCCAUAAUGACAUGUACAUUUCAGAGCAUGUUUUGCCUUAUGUUGCAAAUAGGAAUAGUGUGUACUCAACUCCAAGGGUUUUAAAUUCCUGUAGCAAUAGACGUGUGUAUAAGAAAAUGCCUAGCAUUGAAUCAGAUGUUUAAAUUUUCCAUGAACACUUAUCUAUAGGGAAAAAUAGUUGCCACCAUCUUAGAGGGAGAAUAUUUCCUUUAACAGUAUCCUGCUAUAGUAAAUGAUAUGUAAACCUCUCCCUUCCUCAGUGUACUUUUGUACAUGAAUAGAUAAACUAGUAUGCUCUAAACCAUCUUUUUAAAAUAUGUCUUGUUGAAAAGGAGGAAAAACAGCCAUUUAUGUAUGCUUUAUAUAAAUGGCAAGCUGUACUGAAAUAGCCCCAAUAUAUGUUGGCAACUAUGCUAUUUUGUAUCUAAUUAUUUUAUAAUUUUGGUUAUUCUAAUUUCUGUUGCUAAGUAUCAUUCAAUGUACUUUUGUCUUUAGAAAUGUUUAAUGAUUUUAAGUACCGGAUAAGCAAUAUGGUAUGCAUGUAGUAUGACACGGACAAAAAGAAUUAGGAAUGCAUUUGCUAAGUUGCAAAAAUAAGACUCUUUAAAAGAGAACAGAGAGCUAGGCUUUCAAAAAUAUAUUUUAGUUUCAUAAUCAUUUUCAAAGAAAAAAAAACUCCAAAAAAAAAAAAAAAAGGACCCAACCCAAACCCCAGGACCUUAAUUAAUAAAAUACAGUGUUUUAGCACAAAAUUAGUAUGUUCAUUGUAGACUGACAGAAAAUAAGUGGGAAUACUGUAGGCCCAAACAUGUCAACUGCUGUGUACCAAAAGGAAGCCCUGUGGAUUUUGGUUAAUGUUAAUGUACAAAUGCUUUUCUUAUAUUUCACAUGCACUUGCCAUUAGAAAUUAAGUUCAUUGAAAAGUCUGCAGUCAUCUUGUCAAAAAAUUCACAGCUGCCUAAUCCAGAGUAUAUAUUUUUAGCUAUCAAUAUACGUCACUUAUUGUGGAGUUGUGGACUUCAUUAGUAACCUUGAGACCUAAUAUGUAUGCAAGUUUGCAUUUGCCCCUUACUGGUGAUUACUCAGGGCUGUAUAGUAUUUCUUUUAUUCCUUCACUUCCCAAACCAAAUCCCAACCCACCGUAGUUCUUUGUUCAUAGGAUGUUAGUGACAUCUAAUUAACUGUAUGUUAGUAUUACUAAAGCUGUUAAUAUGGUAUCAAACACCAACAGCCAUAUGUUCAGUGUAAUCAGCAAGGAACGCAAUGCCAUUUAUUUGCAUACACCGUGAAGGAUUAAUGCCUUUUGUGGGCCUUCUUCUUUCUGGAAUAUCAUGCAUAUUUGUUGAACAUCAGACCUUUUUUUUUUUUUUUUUUUUUCCUCUCUAAUCAAAUCUGUCCUAUAAAUUGAAUAUAUGCACACAUCAUCACUCACCGGUAUGCAAAAAUAUUCUCAUUACAAGGCUGUAUUUUUACAUGACUUUUAUUUCUAGUAAAGAUCGAUCAGCAUAUUUCAGAAACAAAAUGUGUGCUAUGCACCCUUCCUCAUCCCCCAUAGCCGUAAGGGAGUGUGGAAGGGAAAAGGGGAAGACUUUCAUGAGUAGAGUGUACAGUUGUAAAUUGUAUUUAAAUUAAAGAAGUAAAUUGCUAAUAUAUUUACAUGCAGAAAGAAUCAACAGGUGGUUCUCUCCCAUUGUCCUGCUAUUCUAAGAAUUGCUCUGAUUUUAUUGAUUUAUUUAUCUGUCUAUAGGAAGUUUAGACUAUCAGAUUAUUAGAUUAUUCUGUAGAUUUCACUGAAAAUCAGUGAACAGGGAAACCAUUACCACUGUGAAUUGGAAAAUGUAAAUAUUACCCUGACUUUUCCCUAAACAAAAGUUAUUUUCAAUAGAAUCACACUUACAUCAGCUGUAAUUGUAUAUGUGUAAGUCAGAGGUACAGUAUGCAAGUUGUUUAGUUUGGAGUAGCAUCCUUCAGAUGAGAGCUGCAAAUGGGAGGUAAUAUAAAUGACACAUAGCGAUAGACAAAAUAUGGCUUAUUGAAUUUUUGUUUACAAUUCUUUUAUUAAACAGAUUUGAGCUGACUUUAACUACUAAACAGUCCACAAUGAAUUCUUGAUAUUUACAAAUGUAUUUGUACUUCUGUCAUAAUGGUGAAGGAUGAUAUUUUUGAAGGAAUUAAAUGCAAUGGGAUUUGGGUUUUCCAAAUCCCUUUCCAGCUUCCAAAAAUCUCAUCAUACCUUAUUAUAUUUAUGUUCAGAAAGCAUAUCUGUGGGCAUCUGCACUCCGUCCAGAGCAAAUAUCUUUUGAGUAUUCCUUGUUCAACAUUUGGUCACAAUUAUUGGCCCUGAUUCACAUGAUACGCUUUCUGGCUCCUCGCUGGCUCUAGUUUUUACAAAGAGAAGAUCCUUGACUGCCCUUGCAGAUAUUCUGUCUCAGGAAUAGCUGUAUGAACCAAGCAGGGCUAGGAUGUUUAUGGAUGGGAUAAGCACUACUUUCCACGAACAAACCCCCUUUCCCCUGUGCAUACACAUGUGUACCCUAUUUGUCUUAGAUUUAUAGGAAGGAAAAUGCACUAAAGACAUAAGUAUUGUUGUAACAAGUGUAAUUAAAAUAUCUGAGGCAAAUUUUAAUUUCCCAUCUAAAUCAUAAUAGAUUUUAUUUAAUCUUAAGUAUUUUGAACCACCUAUGUUUUUCAGCAAAUCGUCUGUUUGCUGGUAUCACACCAAAAACUACCAUGCAAGUUGCUGGGAAUUUUACCAAGUGAAUCAUAAAACUCCAUGGUGGCUCUUGUCAUCUGAAAGCACUCAGAAUAUUGUCUGAUCACUCCAACUCUUUUGUAACUUCAUCUUUAUCUGCAGCUAAACACUCAUGCUUCAAUGUAUAGACAAGUACUGGAUAUAAAACUCUGGGAAAGAAAAAUUCCCAUUUACAACAUUUUCUGAAUAAACUGUUGAGAUCCAAAUGCAAACAUGCUAAACCCAGGUGGAUUUAUCCUCCUGUGAAAUGUUCAGGCAAAUGAGCUAAAAAGAAAUAUAUUGCAGUGUUUGCUUUUUCUGAUUUGAGCAGAUUUCUGGUGAGUGUAGAGAUUGGUUAUUAUCUACACAAUACAACCCCACAGCAAACCAAAUUAAAGAGACAGAGGGGAGACUUGAUAAUGUUGCACAGCAGUUGUUCACAUGGGAAUAAAACGCGCUGCCUUAAAAGAAAAAAAGAGAGAAAAAUCAGAUACUGAAAAUAGAGGGAUAAGAAUCAUGCAUGCAUUUGCGGUUUUGAUCUUGACAUUUAAUAUGACUGAAUUAAGGGGGAAGGAAAGGCUAAAGUGUAGGGUUUUAGAUGAGUAGCUAGUGUGGUUGCUGAUGUAUACGUGUAAAGAAGCAGCUGAGAAGCUGAAGGAAAAGCUUCAACAGUAGAGCCACAAGCCACAGCUUGUGAGGCUCAGCUGUAGGGCGUAUGGAACUCUGAAUAUUGCCUGAGCUUUGUUGAUAUAUUUGCACUGACUUUCAAUUAAAUUGAGAUCAAGACUUUCUGUAUUUCCCUCUCUCUCACUCUAGCUGCUGCUAUACUUGAAGAGGAGAAAAGAAUCUUCCUGCAUAAGUGGCCAUCCUUUCUGUACCUUUCUGGAUGGUGCUGGUGACUUGUUACAUUUUCCUGAUUACAGCUCUAGCAGAUUGUUGGUCAUUCCUAUCACCAAGAUUUCCCGUGACUCCAGCUGGAACUGAAUCAGGCUGUAAAUGAUAUGGGCCAUUCUUGGUAGCAUGUCCCGUAGUGUUACACUGCUCCUGGACGACAACUUUUAUGGAGGCAGGAUAUUGAAUUGCUGAGGAAUGGAGUAGGUACAUGGAGGUAAAAACAGCUAUGUAGACAUUCCUGCCUCUUGCUUUUUUGCUCUUUUAAAGACAUUGUAGAAUUUCUUCAUGUUUUUGUCUUCCCCUUUUCACCACAGUACAUUUUCCUUUUCCUUUCAAAUGGAUUUUGUGUUCUGCUUGUGUUUUGUAGAGCAGUGUAGCCACCCACUAACUUAAAAGCAUGGAAAUAAGAUACUUUAAUAUAUAAGAUAAAAUUAAGGAAAUUAAGAGUUCUUUGUAUUUCUGGAAACUUUCAUUUAAUGUUUCGGCAGCUUUUGCUCAGAAUUCUUUAUUUUGCUACUUUAGAAGCUCAGUUAGGAAAAAGAGUGCUGUGGACACACUGAAACCAAAUCACCGCCAGCUCACCAUGUUUUGACAGCAUCUCAUGAACAUGUCUCUCUCUUUGUGGUCUUUCAGGAACACUGAGUUAAAUUAAGGCUCACAGUAAAGCUAAGGGAAAUCAGCAGGUGGUUUUUUUUUCCUGAUGAAAAAAUAUAUAUUUUUUCAUAGUUCCAAAGGUAGCAAGAGCUAGAGAUGGGGAGUGUUUGGGUUUGCUGGAAUGCUAAACUCUUCGUGUUGCCAGCCUGAGGAGAGAAGGAGAGAGAAAGCUCCCUGCUGAUGGCAGUCAGAGCUGUGGAGGCUUGGAAGCAGUUGUGUUGGUGAUGUGUCCUGAAAGCAUUUCUCUCCCUCUGUUGACAUUUUAGGAAGCAUGGGUGCCUAAUUAGAAAUCUCAGUUAGGUGUGCUUAGUCAAGUAAUGGACUAUUUAUCCCAGCCUCAAAAUCUGCUCAGUGGAAUCUGUGAGUGAGUGCCAAUUUACACCUUGCAGAUCAUACAGAUUCCUGUGCUUAUCCAGUAGCUACUAGGGUUGCACCUGUCUGUUGUGGAUUCUGCAGUACUUCCAACCUAAACACCGUCACCAUUUUCUUUAUACCCUGAGACUAAUCAGCAUGAAAUAAAAGUGUUAGCAUCUCUUCCCUGCCUAAUAACUCGCUAUUUUUAUAUUUCUUCAGUGUAGCAUAUGCAUCUUAGGAUACAGUGAUGGGAAAGACUUUGGUACUGUUCCUUCCCUUGCUGGGUUCACCAACAUAGAACAGAACAGGAAUUAGGAUAGGGGUUUCAGAGUCAGGCUGGAUUUAGGAAGAAUUAAAGAAGUGAAUCUGUUUGUUGUUUUACCUUGAAUUUAACAUGUUAUAUAUGAAAGCUAGUGAAAACAGAUCUUUUAUUAUAAAGUCCUCUUAGUUAUUAGAGAACAGCAUCCAUUGUGUGGCUUGGGUAGUUUGUGUUAAGUGUUAAUCAUCACAUUCUGUGCUUCUUUCAAAAUGGAGUGUCAUGAAUCCACUUGCUAAAGUUUGCCUUUCCCAGCUCUAGCUCUAUUUUAGCUCAAAUAUCCUUCUGAAGUAGGUAUAUUUCUUGCAUAGGGCAAUCUGGUUUACAGCAUAAAAACAGUUUUCUGGUGACAUGCCUAAUUCGCUUGUUUUACUGAUGUUAAUCUUUUUAUUCUAAACCUUUUUUCUAUUGAGAGUAGAACCUUUAUAUUAUAACAGUGCUGAAGGAAACUUCUGAAGGUAUGAGCCAUUUCCCUGCUCAGUCGAGCCUGUACUGUCUUGCUUAAACGUAUUAGCAGAAUGCUAGCAGUGAUUGUCAAUAGGAGGGAGCACAAUUUAAUCCCCGCUGUGUACUUAUUUGUGGACAUAAAUGCAAGUACAGACAGACACAAGUUAUGAUACAGAAAAGACUCCACCUGUUCUGGCUGAAGUCUCCUGCAGAGCUGUGGUUAAGUUACACGAGGGUAGCCUCAAGACCACCCUGUCUCUUCCAUUGUUCUGAUCGUGCCGACUUCUCUGUCUCAUGUGCACAUAUUGUACGUAGUGUAAAACUCUCGUUGACACUCAGCUGUCAUCAUGAAAUUAAUCGCAUUCUCACCUGUUCACCUUCAUUGCAGUGUAGCAGCGAUGUCUGUGGGAUGUAGAGGUGGUUGUUCGUGUUCACUGGUGUCUGCUCCUCUGUUCAGUGGGAGCAGAAAUGCUGCCUUGCUUCUCUCUGCUCUGCUGGGGGAGGGUUACUGCACUGGUUGUAAAUAAAUUCCUCAAUCAAACCAAGCUUCUAAUUUAAUUUAAUUUAAUUUUUUGCCCUUCCUCACUAGACUUGCAUACAGAGUACUUUGUUUAAGAAUAUGCACUCUUUGGAAGUCAUGAUUACAAGCGUGCACCUCCCUGCAAUGCAGCGAGAAUGCACUGUGUUGUUUUUGCAGGUUCGGGAGCUUUUUGGUUACAUCCUGCAGGAUGUAUCAACCUUGGUUAAAACUGUUUUUAAAAUGAAUGCCAGGCUAAACAGCUGUAAGAAUCCACUGCUGAUUAUGUGUUGAUCUUGUCAUAUCUAUAAUUUAAGAACCAGAAAUAACAGAAGUAAAAUUAAGUUACCUCAAUAUUUACCAGGCUUUUGUUGUUUUGCACUAAAAUAUUUUACUCCUUUUCUUCAAUUCUUUACCUUUAUUAAAUUAGUAGAGAAUAUACCCAUGCUGUAACAUUGUCAUGCAAUACCUUUAUUAGCAGAUAAUCACACUGAAUAGAGUACUACAUAUUUAAAAGAGAGAUGAUUUUUGACUCUCCAGCUCUUCAAAAGUAGUGGUGAUAAGCAGUUAUGCUCUUAGAUGAUUCAUCCUUUCCCUUUUGUAUUAGUAUUUGUUUUCACUGAUAUUUCAACAAUUAUAUUUCUAUGUGCACGUUCUAAAACUGUGAAAAUAAAUACCGGUAAAUAUUAUGAUACUUAUUCAGUGCACUGUAAAGUUCCAAGUGAGAUGAUAAUUUGCUUGGGAAUUGAUGAAGGUUUCCUCACUUCUCAUAAACGGUCCUGAGCUUUAAUGUGGGCAAAUGGUAAUAUUUAUAGUGACAUGAAAUUUUAAUGGAGGAUGUCUUGUUUUGCACUUCUAGAAUUAUUAGAAGAAAUGAUAUGUUUUUCUCAGCAACUGAAUUAUGAUCAUACAUUUUUAAUUUAAGUAUUGUUCACUGCAGUACAUAAGAAUAGCCCUUUUGAAGAGAUUUGUGUUACAUCAUCACUAUGGGAUUCUUUAGACUGUUAAUAUUUCAUUAAGCCUGUUUAAUAAUGGCAUUUAAUGGCAAAACACAGUUUGGAAAUAUAUUUUGGCUUCUGUUUCUCACUGCCAAACCUGUAUUUGGACUCAUAGUUCUGCAAUUGAAGGCCCUCACAAGGUUCCUGUGCCCUCCUCUGUGGGGAAGGAGACUUCUCUUGUCCAUUGAUGGAACUCUAUCAGAGGAGUCAAGAGAAAAAAAAAUGGAGUAUGUGUUGUGCAACACUUGAAGUGUAAAUGAUGUUAAAAAUGAAAAAAAGGAAGGAAAUUGGAGGUUCACAGUUAUCCACACUAGUGAAUGGUCUGUGAUGUGCAGCAGAGUGUGGUUUCUAGAAGCUAAUUUUUAACGAAUAUUAUUUGAAUUCUGCUGGAGUUUAUAAAUCACUGAAAAAAAAAGGGAGUUCAUUCUUUCUUUUUAUUUUUUAAGCCAAAGUCUUUAUAUUGACAUACGAGGUUUCACAGGAAAAUGGGCCAAAGAAUACAAUUAAAUAUGCAAAAGGUUAAUCCUUUGGAAAUGGAUAUCCUGUCAUCUUGAUGUGCAAAAGCGUAUCAAUGGUAAUAGGAACAAUGCGUGUAAUUUUCCUGUAUAUUGCUAUGUAGGUUGCACUAUUUUGAAUGAUACAAGCCUGAUAUUUUGAUUACCAAAUACCAGAAGAAAGCUGUUUAUUAGUAGUUUUUAACCUAAAUAUAUAUACAGUAUAAACACGUGUGCGUGCAUACCCUUUCCCACCUAGUCAUAUGUGAGUAAUCUUCCAAAUGUGGGGCACAUUCCAGCAGUGCUUUAUUUGAAGUGAUUCUCUGCUCUCCUUUCCAAACCUCCUAAAGCCACCAAUUCCCUAGCAGCGUUUAUUGUAGUGUUUGAUACCUCUUGCUGAAGAGGCUAAAGGACUUGCUGGGGAUCAGAAAUGCCAGGAUGCAAAAAUAAGUAAGAGGAGAGUUUCUGUCUGAAAGAGCUGGAAAUGAUGCUUGCUGUCAUUUCCAUAUAUAUAGGCAUGGGAAAAGGACGUCUUGUGCUAUUUUGAAGAUUAAUGACCGGAGACAGUCUGUUGGCCCAAUGACUCUGACAUUAAAAGUUGGUGUCGAUUUAUGUGUCCCAAACCUGGUCAUUAAAUACAUUCUUUAUGGUAGCUGAGGAAGGACCAGUGGAGGCCCUUCUAUUCAUCCAUGCAGAUAGCACUUUUCAAAAUGGAUUUUGUACAGAGGCAGUAUUUAGCAGUGGUGCCUGUCAGUAACUUCUCAAUACAUAGGCUUUUGGCCAUGUUAUUACUGACUAUGUGGAGGUCUUGACCUAGAGAUGGUGAUAUUUGGCUUCUUUUCUAAAUUCAGAAUGCUCUAUCCAAAACUUAUGACAAAAAAUUGCCAUGGAUUAAUUUAUUUGAAGUCAUUCCUGAGCUAUUUUUCAAAGGGAGUAUUGAAUAGUUAGUCUUUUUUUCCACUUCAACCUGAAAGUAGAAAAUUCUAUAGGGUCAGCAUUUCUCUAUGACUCAUUACAAGUGUAUCUCAGAGAAGGACUUGGUUCCAACUCCUUUGUCUGCAGUAAGAACAAUUUUUGUUAUCUUGUCUUUAUCCAGUCUAGGUCUGGACUCCUGCCAUAGGCAAAACACUUUUUGACUUAGAGAUGUGCGAGUGAGUGAUGGGAGAGCACAUUCUUAGUGCGGGUUAUGCUCAGAGUUAAAAUACCAAAACCAAACCUCAUGUUGCAAAGGUAUGGAAGUUGCAUCAUGUAAAGUUGCGUGCAGCUAGAAAGGAAACUUGUGCAAUUUUUAAUAAGAACUGUUUACAAUUUAUACUUUAUAUCAGCUAUACUAUUUUGAAAUAGUCUUAUUCAUUUCAGAACGUCCAUUUUGCUCUGAUGAAGAACAGCUUGAUCUCUCUGUCUUCACACCUCACGCCCACAUGCACAGUGUAUUUCAUGUCUUCCCUGAGCAAACCAGAAGGUACAAACAGAAUUCAUUACCGUUAGGCAGACUCCUACCUGAUUUUUAUUUAAUUAUGCUACUUUUAUGCAAAAUUUGCAGCCAUACAUUCCAGGUUCUCUCAGAAGCAUUUCACCUGUGAGCUAAUACUGUUAAUUUUAACUCAUAAGAGUCGAUUUUACACUAAAGCGGGCAUUUUGUGCUUUGUUUCAGCCUCUUUAAAGAUGUUUGUCGACUUAGGUGAAACACUAAUAUUUCUGUGUGCUGCUAAACAGAAAUCACCAGAAGAAUUUUAAAAUUUCAGCUUACAGUUCAAAAAAGUAUUUUUACCUAUUUACUUGAAUAUUGUAAAUCUAAUGUGUUGUUCAGAUUACUCCUUAUAUACAUACAUGUAUAUAUAUAAGAGCUAUAUAUAAUGUAUGUGUAUAGAGGUUUGGGGUUUUUUUUUGAGGAGUGAGGGGCAGGAGAAAAAUUCAAUGUUGUGACAAAGAUUCUGUGAACAUUUAUUAACAUUUUCCAGUAACGUGCUAUUUUGAGUUUGACUAGAAGUUAUUUGCAGUUAUACUCUGAAAAAAAUAUAUUAAAUGUAACAAAAUUAGUAUUGAACCUUUGAUCCUCAUCCUCAGGCUUUGGGUUAGUUUCAUGUGUAUCUUGAGAAGAAUUCACAAUAUUAGCUUUGGUUUUUGCUCAGAAAGAUAAUUAUUUGGUACACUUGGAAAUGUAUUCUCAUUCUGUUGGGGAAAAAACUCCAUGUGUACCAAUCUUACUUGUUGCACGGAGCAGUAGCCUACGUUGCAGUUAAAGAAAUUUGCAUUCCAUAAAUAACAUCUUACCAGAAAUCCUGGAACCAUUUGGUUCCAUACGCAGUAAAUUAAAAAGCCUAUCACUUGUGCUACUUAGUGCCAUUUACCGUAACAUCCUCAAGAGCGUAGUAUUUCAAACUAAAUUUCAUAAAUUUCCAAUUGCUAGCAAAGAAUAGUGGAGGUUUGAAGACCUCUGUGCACCUGGGAAAUUAAUCAGGACAUUAGAGUAGAAAUAAAAUUAUCUUGGAAAUGGAACAAAGGAUGAAAUAAUUCAUUUUUUAAAGAAUCCAGAGUUUCACAAUAAAAUUCAUAGCGUAAUGGAUUCUUCAAAAGAAAAGGUUUCACGGAAAAAAAAAAAAGCGAAUAAUUAAAAACUAGUUUUGACAUUCCAAUUACUGCCUGUUCCAUUAGAUAGGGUUAGCAAACUGAAAUUAAUUUUAAGACGCAGGUGUCCGCACAGACAAUUGAAACUGCCACCCUAUAGGCACACGCAUACACCCGGCUACCCCGGCACCCAUCUGUCCAUGCCUUUAAAGCCCUGGUCGUAGCAGCAUCUCCCCAACAGUGCACCUUGAAGGAGCUGGGAGCUGCACAGCUCUCCUGCGUUACGCGUACCGUCUCACAGCAGUUCUCCCCACCCACGUUUUAACCCAGUGCAUGACUGAGUGCUAAUACUGUAUAAAUAUUUUGAAACAUAUCUAAAACAAAUGUUUGCUUCAAACUUUUUAUGAUAGAGAAAUAUAUAAUGAUUAUGGUUGUCAUACAGAAUUGUAUUGUGUUCUUCAUUUUUGUUAAAUAUGUAGAAAAACAUUAAGGGAAUGGGAGACUCGAAUGUCUGUGUGUACUGAAAUGUAUAUAACUAUUUGGAGAAAACACAUGUGCCAAGUAUAACAUGAUGUAAAAAAUGUAAAUAUAUGAAAAAUUCAUUUUUCUAAUAAAGAUAAU